AUGCGGCUGUUAACUCGAGCUGCCUACGCGACGCUUUUCCUCGCGUCCCUUGCGAUCGCUCACGAUGACGAUGAAUCAAUGGGUAUAAGCAUGGAAACGAGCACGGAGAUGCACGCGACUUCCAGCACAGCUGCUCCGACGGCUUCCGUCUCACAGAAUGCCCAAAGCGAAGGUCCCAUGAGCUACUUUGCCUAUGGCCAGCACCCGAGCACCAUCUUGGCUCACAUUGCGCUCAUGAUCCUGGGCUGGUGCUUUGUUCUUCCUGCAGCCGUCAUGCUUAGCAUUGGCCGCUCGCGUCUUGCGCUCCCGUCGCAGUUCCUAUUCCUGGUCUUUAAUACCCUCGGCCUGCUCUUCGGAAUCAUCUAUAACAGCCAGACUCCCGAUCUGUACGAGAACAAUGCCCACCACAAGAUCGGAUGGAUCAUAACAUGGGUUAUCGGUGCGCAGGUCGUUCUGGCCUUGAUCUUUACGUAUGCUGGCCGCGGUGAGUCCAAGCAGUCUCAGUCGAGAUCCUUUGCGCGCUCUGAGUUCCUCCCUGUCGCUACGGAUGAGCAUGAGAAUCUCUACUCAACUGGUGCUAUGCACGAGUACGGCUGGUCCUGCGGUAGUGGCCAGAGCACUGAACCUGGCUCUUCUAUUCACAGGCCUACAUCGCCGUCCUACGAGUCGCAAGCCGAGUACGAUGGCUUUGAAAAGCCCGAGGAGCUUUCUCCAAAGCCUUCCGGCCCCCGCGGCUGGUUGCGUAGUUCCAUUAUCGAUCGGUUUCUCUCAAACCGCGUGCCCGGAAUGGUCUCGAACCGUGUCCUGCGCAUUUUCAAUGGCGUCUAUAAUGUGAUUGAUCGGAUCAUUCUUCCCUUUGGCUUCAUUGCUAUUGCGACUGGAGCUGUUACUUAUGGUGGUAUCUUCCAUGGUAUUGAGCUCUUCAACGGUCUGGCGCACUUUAUCAAAGGUGGAAUCUUUUUCUGGUAUGGUGUUCUCACUCUCGGACGCUUCAUCGGAGCCUGGGCGGACCUUGGAUGGGCCUGGAACAAGAAGCCCCCGGCGUCUGUCGUCGGCUGGAAGGCAAAGGUCCCCUUAGGCGACACCUGGCCGGCCGGGGGAAAAGAGUGGUCUGCGACUGAUAUGGAGCACGUCUCAAUCUCCAUCAUGUUCUUCGGUGGUGGCCUUGUGGGCAUGCUCUUCGAAUCCCGGCGUAUUCGCGACGCGCUCAACAACACCCUGUUUCGAUUCUCUACCCAAGAAUCUGACGAUGAGAACUGGCAGCUUCCCAAGUCACAGGGUGUUCCCCUUAACCCGAUGCCAGCUCUUAUUAUCCUGCUCCUGGGUAUGAUUAUGGGAUCGCACCACCAGGACAGCAUGACUUCGACCAUGGUGCACAAGCAGUGGGGUAACAUGCUCGUUGGAUUCGCGAUUUCUCGCGGAAUGACAUAUGUCCUCCUGUUUCUGCACCCGCCAACCUCGUACCUCCCGGCUCGCCCACCCACUGAGAUCGUAGCUGGAUUCUGUCUCAUGUCUGGUGGGCUCAUCUUCAUGCUGAGUACCCGCCAAGUGAUCGAAGCUAUGGAGUUUUAUGAGCUGGACGCCAUGUUCACUUUCACCGUGGGCAUGGGAUUCACAGCCUUCAUUAUGUCGCUGGUGAUUCUGAACAUCGCAAUCAAGGCGUGGGCAGUGAAGCGCGAGCGAGCACAUGACCAACGGCUAUUCUCGAGAUGA